AUGUGGAGCGGCGGCGGGUCCGCUGGCAGAAGCCCGGCCAACCAGUUCGAUACUGGUAUGAACGGGAACGACUCGGUGUUAGCACCGUUGCUCAAAUAUGUGGACGGGGCCCCACCGCCAGCGUGGUGCCCCGAGCGUUCAGUAUGCCUUUGGAAAAUAUUUUGUCCGACGAAACGAAGGCCCUCUCACACAGGAGUGUACAGCGCCGAUGAAUUUAGAGGGCCGUUUGCAACCGAUCCCAUGUUGUGCCAGGUGACUCUUGGCUUCGCGCGCCUUUGCAUUAUUCCAGAUCACAGACCACAUCAAUCACCAGAAGGCUUUCCAGAGGGGACGUCAGCACACCCUUCGGUUGCAGAGUGCUUGCUUACUUGUGGCGGGAGUUCUGGCAAAUGUUAG